GUCCCGAGUUACAAGCCGACAAGCGAAAGUAAUAUUCGGCCCCGGUCGUUCAACAUCGUACAUUUUAGAACGUAACCUCACGAUCACGGGCGGACCUCCACGAACUAAAUAUUCCUCCGUGACAGUACCCCGUUUUUCGUUGUUGAUCGACGUCGUCCUCGUCGACGUCGUCGGCCGUUUUACUAAUAUGUGAAAACUUUCAACGCGUCACUCGUUUAUUCUCCAAUUUUGUGAUACAUUUUUUACACUUAUUACGGUAAACAUUUUAUUUAAUUAAUAAUUACAUUUAAACUCCAUGAAUUGGUGAUCAAGGACAGUUGGGGAAGCUUUGAGACUUGGAGAGAAGAAAUGUUGUAAUAGUGAUCAGGAUUGGAGAGCGUAUAAUUGAGGAAAAGACAUUUGCCUCGGGACUCAAUGACCUGAUUGACAUCCUCGUGUUGAUGAAGCUCCGCUGUUUUGAAUCGUCGAUGGGCGUGCGGGGGUGACUGGAGUGAUGGGAUGGGGCCAGAGCCCCAUGGAGUUCGGGUAGACCCGUCUCCGGCCCAGCUCCCCAGCCCCCUCCGCCAUCGCAACCGCCACCACUCGUGCAAGCGCCGAAGAGGGCCACCGCGAACGCGAUGGAGGCUCACACUACUCACCAACACCAACGCAAGGACAAGGUACCGAGAGUUUAUAGACCUUGUGCCUUUGAUAAGAUGGAGGAGCUGGUGCGGAAAAUGCAAGACCCGGAGAACGGUGUUCCCGUGGGCAGCCAAAAACAAUUCCUCACAUCAAUUCCCGCGGCAUUUAUGGGCUACGACCUUAUAGAGUGGUUGAUGGAGCGUCUUAGUAUCGAAGAAACAGAGGCGGUUCAUCUGGCGAAUCAAAUCUGCCAGUACGGCUACUUCUUUCCGGUAAACGACUCAAAGAAUCUUACUGUCAAAGACGACAGCUCUCUAUACAGGUUCCAGGUGCCGUAUUACUGGCCCUGGCAGCAUCGGCCGCCAGACAAUGUCGAGUAUGCAAUAUAUUUACAGAAACGUACGCUGAGAAACAAGCAGCGUCAUGCGCUUGAGGAUUAUGAGAUUGAAGCGCUAGCUAGCCUGAGAAAAAACUUGGUAAACAAGUGGGAGCUUAUCCACAUGCAAGCUGAAGAACAAGUCCGUCUAUUUAAAGACCGCAAGAAAGGAGAUAAGAUUGUUAGCGACUCCCAAGAGCGUGCAUUCUGGAGGGUUUACCGACCACCCCCAGGAUAUACGAGUAGUCUGGAAGUGCCACCGGUUCCUACGAGGGCGAGACCUGGCACGAGACCAACUUUAAGAAAACGAACGCUCACUGAUAUUCAGCGUGAGGUCGAGUUGCUGAGAAACAGUCUGACUCGCACGAGGAUAAAAGUUUCCGCGGCGAUUGAGAAUAUUAAAAAUUACUUCGAGACUUAUAUGGACUAUGACCCGAUGAUUGUCCAGCCACUGCCCUCGAAUCCUUGGAGCAGCGACGACCAGACCUUCUGGCAGCUUAACAGCCCGAUCGUCGAGGUCCCCACGGAGAAGAGAGUAAAACGGUGGGCGAUUUCGCUGGAGGAGGUCAUGUCUGAUCCCUCAGGGCUUCAGGAGUUCACUAAUUAUCUUAGGAAGGAAUACAGUCAUGAGAAUAUCAGGUUCUGGCUGGCUGUUAAGGAUCUCAGGCACUGUUUCCAGGCACAAAUUUGCGAGAAAGUUACUGAUAUUUUUAGAGAAUUUUUAGCGCCGGGUGCACCGUGUGAAAUAAACAUUGAUGGAAAAACAAUGGAUCGAGUUCACCAGGAAAUGAAAAGUCCUAGUAGAUUUACAUUUGACGCUGCUGCUGAGCAUGUUUAUACACUUUUGCUUAAAAAGGAUUGUUAUCCUAGAUUUAUACGCUCAGAUCACUAUCGAAAUCUUCUGGCUGCUGGUAUUCAGCCGUUGCAAAAAAAGCGGUUCUUCGGAUUCGGCGGACAAGCAAAGAAGAAAACCGCAGCAUCAGCAGCGGGAGGCGGCUUGCAGGGAAACAUGAGCAGCGGAAGCGGGGGACGUAGACGAGGUAGCGAUCGCAGCCUCUCGGGAUCAGCCCAUGAGCUGGCCGUUUGUGGUAUUCGGGACGUCAACGUGGCCCCCAGGGUUCCUCACUCCCACAGUCAAUCGAAUCUCACUGACAUCCCUUACAGGGGAGAUCUCGCUGGUAUCGUAUCCCCUGGCAGGGCUAGUCCACAUAGUGUUCAGGAUGCUGGUGGAGCGGAGGUAGCUGCAGCUCGCCCUAUGGACGACGUGUGCCCGUGGGACGCGGCACCAGGCCCGAGUGUAGAAUCAGACGUCGCUGCGGGAACCUCGUCAGGUUCGACUGACGAAAGCACCUGCUGGCCGUACCCGAGCACCAGCGGGAUUCCCUUGCCGACGGAGACGUCAUCGAGAACCUCCAGGAAAAAUUCAUCCCAGCUGGACUCCUGCAGCUCCUCCUCGGACGUGAGCCUGGCGAUAGCGGAAGCUUCCGACCGGCUGAGAAAGACCUGCGGACUCCAGCACUCGAUGAGCAACCCCAUUGUCCUCCGGAACUACCCGGGCGGCUCCGUCACGACCAAGGUGAAGCUUGCUGACACCAGCAGGCCGGCCGUAAACUUCACCACGCCCCAGCAGUCCUUCGACUUGCCCCACUAUCAGCACUACCACCAUCACUUUCACCAUCACCCGCACCAGCUCGACGUCAAGAGCGCUCCUGUGCCCGAGGAGGUUGAGACCACCAGCAAGAGCCCCAAAAAGUCCCAGGAGCCGGACUCGAGCAAGCCUAAGGCUCUCGCUCCGUUGAUCAGCAUCAGCGCCAUCGUCGGCGACCUCACUGGCGACUCCGUUGAUUCUGAGCCCAGUGUUGAUGUCGAGUCCGUCGCUUUUGGAGAUGACAGCUCUGCUGAUGUGUCUACUAUUAGACAGGACAACACUGCUACUGAGCCGGAAAGUUCCAUUUGUUCCGACGCCCCUGAACCGGCUGAGGACGCACAGGUCGUUCCGGUUUGGGUUCCUGAGGACGGUCAGGCGCCCAAUCAACCACAGGCACAGCAGGCUGGUACUUCGACGGAAAAGCAAGACAAUAAUGUUAAUGAAGUUUGUCCUUGGGAAGAUGAGGAGAAUUGUAAAGUGGACACACCCUAUGUAAAGACCUACGCGACCUUAGGUUACUUGUAAACCCUUUAUCGACUUACGAGAGAGUUAAUUACUGCACUAACCACCUAAAUCGUUUUACACGCUAUUCGCACAUGGAUUACACGUUUAAUCUCGAUGUAAGCGCCACCUUGCGGCUGUUCUCAAGUGUCUUAAGUAUUAAAGUUAGCAUUAAUUAGGAUUAAGUUUAAUAAGUUUGCUUAAUUAUUAAAGAACAAACUCGGUAUUUUUUAGUUAAAAUUUAAUCAUCCUAAUCAGUAUGAUUUGAUUGACGAUCGCAGAAUCUGGUAACUCGGCCUACUAAUUAGAUAAUGGAUUCAAAGCGUUUUUGAAUAUGUAUGUUAAUUAACAUAUAUUAUCUAUAUUAUAUUAUUGUAUUAUUAAUAUAUAUUUAUAAGCGUUACCGCAAUGGCGGCUAAUAUCAAUAUAUUAAAGUUGCAACGUAUUCGUCAGUAGAUUGUUGUGUAGAAGUUUGUUAGAUUUGAAUUAAUAGAAAAUAUGAUAAUAUGAUAGUGUUAAAAAAAAAAAAGUAGUCUGGCUAUUAAGGACGUUCAUGUGGUACGC